CUAAAAAAUUCAACAUGUCGAUUAGUGGAAGUUAUUGUUAAACUAACUCGCCAAGUUUCGUCAGUUUCGCCAACGUUUUCCGAGGUUUAUCAGGAAAUGGAUAGAGAGGAAAGGUACAUACACACAGAAGUGAAGAAGUUAUCUCGUUCUUCACUCGGUCAGUCCGAGCUUAAACCCAAUCAUUAGUGCAAAGUCACGCGACAAUUCCUUCCUACCUCUCUGCGAAUGGAAUUAACCAACGUUAAGCCUAGGGCUUUCAAUACGAUGCCGUUAUAAUAAAAAAAGAAAUGGUCGGAACUUUUCUUCGAUCAAACCGUUCGUCGUUCGUCGCGGACCUUCAAAGUUUCUCUCAAAUCGUUAAAGUCAACGAGUCACGUACAAUUAUAUUUUUAAAUAUUUUAAGCGGGCAAGUAUUUUCGUCACUAUAUACUUGAUUAGUACUUUUCUUCGAGAGAAGAAUUGCUAUUUGAAAAGAAAAAUACGAUGGAGUUUAUACGUAUACAGGGCAAAUUUAGAGAAAGACGAUAAAAGCGAUCGAUAUUGUUUGAAGUUCAGACAUCCUCGAGCCUGACGCAAACGAAUGCGCGAUAGAGGUAUAUUUUAAUCUCCGCAUCAUUUACGUGCGUAUCGAUGUUAAAGAUACGUUAUCGGUCUUUCUUUUUUUUUCUUCUUCUUUCGUGCACGUCAGAGUUCUCUCCAGCGCGGGACAUCAACGUGCGUUCUGCGCCUGACACCGUGAGCCUGCGCGUGGUAAAUUUCAAAAGGACUCAGACUCGACAGUGCGCGAAAAUCUUUCAGUCCGUCACCGACUAUCGUCUCAUCGACAUUGCAUCGCACGGUUGAAAGAGAUCGUAACAUCACGUGACAACGAUUACGCAAAAUGGGAACUAAGAUCAAAUUUAAAAUACUUGUAUAAAUCUUCGAAAAAACUUUGAGCAGAUAAAACUUUGAGCAGGGGAAGUAACCAGCUGUUACUGAAGCUGUUACUUAGAAUACUCAACUUCAUAAAAUACAUAAUUCGAGGUAAACGAUUUAUGAAUAUUCACUCUCAGGAAGACAAAGGAUCGAUAGAAUCUACGAGCAUGUCGAUAGAUACUACAAACAUGACAAUGAUUAAUGAUUCGGUGAUGCAGAGCGUGAAUAUAUCGAGCCAAAUCAUAAACGUUGAUAGAAUACUGUAUUUGUAUGGAGCACCACCGUUGAUCCUCUUCUGUCUCAUUUCAAUAGUCAUAAAUAUCAAAGUUCUGAUGUGUGUGUUUUGGAUUAGACGUCCACUCAGUCCAACGUUAUAUAUCAGUUUGAGUCUGGCAGAACCACAGGAAAUAAUUUUAGGCGCAGAUGCUUUUUCUAGCAGUGUUCUGGGUAUAGGACUAAUCUUAAAUAGUUUUAUACCUAUUGGUCUCGGAAUCAAAUUGAAAGGCAUGGACUGUUUUUUACUGGCUCUUGAAGUUGUGAGACUGGGAGGUGUGAUAAUUACAGUAUUUCACUUAAUGGCUUUGGCUGUCAAUCAUUAUCUGGGCAUUCUCAGACCCCUUCACUACCUUUCGAUCCUGACAUAUAGAAAUACCACAAUUUUAUUAGUUCUACUGUGGGUGUUACCUAUCUCUUUCUUCGCACUGUACUUUAAUCUAAUUGAGAACGAUGGUUUUCAGUCUGAAGAAUGCAAAAACAACGUGUUCCUAUUUCACAAGCAAUUUCGAAUGUUGUUUAGUAGCCUCUUUUUCGGGCCUUUCGUCUUAAUGGUUUGCAUUUACGUUCACAUAUUUUGCAUAGUGAAGAAACAUCAAGCCACGAGACUCCGCUUUCGUAGAGCGGGCUCUUCCACUCGUGCAAGAGUGUCGGAAGCAUUACGUAGCAAUUCUAGACAAAUGGCACGUAAUGUUAAAGCUAUCCACACAACUUUAUACAUACUUGGAAGCUUCGUGAUCGGAUGGAUGCCCGGAGUAAUAAUGUACAUGCUGGUUUGUAACGACUGCGUAUUACAAUUAAAUGGGGUGUCGCCGCGUGUCGUAUUCUUCAUUUACGCCAUAAUUAAUGGUCUCAUUAUCCUGAAAACUUUGGUAAAUCCCAUUAUAUACGCCGCCCGAAUGCACGAGAUUAAGCUCGCUACGAGGCGAAUGCACGAUGCCUGUUGUGGAUGGUCAAAGCUUACUCAUUUUACUACCGAUCGUGGAAUUAAUAGAAUAUACAGCAGCGAGGAGAGCAGGCAUUCGCAAUCGAAGACUAGUCGAUUAUUUCACAAUAUGAGCGUUCGGAAAGCACGAAACGGGAGCACGUAUACAUGUGCAGGUUACAAUAUACACGAAUACGGUAACACGCCCGUGUAGAGCGUGCGAUAUGCAAGACGUGAUGCAAAAAUAUUUUUCCGCGUACUUCGGCGGCGAAGAAUCAUGUAAAUACAAGCUAAACGAGCGAAAAUAGUAGCCUGCAACAAUAUUUUAAUAGCAUAUUGAAAAAGUAUUAUUUCUUUCCUCUUCCUCACUCUCUCUUCUUCUACUUUAAUGUGAUUGUAAUAUAGCUGUUCCAAGUCCAUACGUUAUUGUAGCCCCAUUUUUCAUAUUUGUAUGAAUGUCUAUAAAAAUUAUACGUGUUUUACGAUAGAGUUACUUCGUUAUGAUGACACUUUGUAGGCAACUUGAAAAUAACAUCUUUUGUGAAUCUUACUAGUAUAUUUACCGUGUAUUUAAAGUCAAAUGGAUUUUUAUAUGUAUGUCUAUACCAUUUAAAUCAAAUAUAUUAUAAAUGUUUUAUGACUCGA